CACCGACUCCAGGAGGAGGUCGCCACUAGCAAUCUCUGCCUGCAAGACUCUUACCGUGUUGUUUAACCUGAAACCGAAGUCUUGUAUCCGUACAUUCGCUUCAUGUGGUAAACGGAGAGGAACGUUAGCUGCUUCAAGAUGUUCUCUUUCACACUCAGAAGAAGCAGCUUUGCAACCCAUAAGUUGUUGCAUUGGUCAUGUCCUCCACAAAGACUCUGGACAUCAACGCUUAACGUAUCUUCACACAGUGGAGCAUUCUCAUCAUACAGGCUACCAUCUUCAGAAACAGCAUGUGGCCAUGUGAACUCUUCCAGUUUGCUGGGUUUCAGGACUGAGCUCUUUCGAAAAGUACAGACAAACAGUGUUUCACAUUGGAUUAGAAAUGAAUGUUUCCAUUCCUCUGCUGUGAGACUAAAGAAGCGAGCAAAGCCUGAACCUCCUCCAAGAGAACUGGAUCUACUGCGCUAUGACCUCAAGAACAUUUGGGAGAGUCCCAAACCAGCCCUCUACCUGGGCUUUGCUGGGCUGAUUCCUUUUGUGGGUCCCUCUCUCUUCAUGGCUGUGACAGAGAACUACUACCCGGAGCUGGCUUACGCUCAGUUAGCCUAUGCUGCUUCCAUCGUUUCUUUUCUGGGUGGAGCUAGAUGGGGAUUUGCUCUCCCUGAAAGCAGCCCGGCCAGUCCUGACUGGAUUAACCUGGCCAACAGUGUGGUUCCUUCUCUGUUAGCCUGCAUGACCAUGCUAAUAAGCGACAACAUAACCCCUGCAAUAAUUAUGGUCAUCAUGGGACUUGGAAUCUCACUACAUUAUGAUCUGGCUCUGCUACCCACUUAUCCCAGCUGGUUCAAAGCCUUGCGCUCCGUCCUCACAGUGGUUGCAACUUUUUCUCUUGUUGGUACACUAUUACUGAGCGGAAGCUUCCCCGAAAAGAAAUUGUUUGGAGCCUAAAAUUAUUUGAGUGGUCAAGAUAGUUUUUUUUUUUUUUUUAUGAUGCAUAUUCAUUUGGGUUUCCUGAAAAAGGGUUUUCUUCUGCUUUCUGCUGCUUAUUUGGAGCUUUGAAGUUGAAUGCUCUUGUCAUCAUGUUUUCUGUGAUAUCCUGACAUGAAUCAUCUUUUAAAUAAGGAAAACAUUAGGAAUAGUCUUAUGCCAAUAUUUCUUUAAAGAAAUUGCCCCUCCAUUUUGUUCGUCAUUUUUCGUAAUUUAUCUGUCUUCCACAGAACCCGUAGUCACUCAGUAUGUUCUUUUGCUGUUCAGUUUUCACUGCAUUGUAUGAAAAAUAGAAAUAUUGAAAAUUCA